AGACUGAUGCCUUAAAGAUAAAAACUAAAAUGUUGGAGGAUCAGACUGAGACCAUCAGGAAACUGAAGGAGGCUGUUAUGGAGAGAGACGAGGAGAUAAAGAGAACUCGUGAAGAAGCCCUGAAAACACAGAGGAAUCUAGAGGAACAACUGUCAGAGGAAAGGGCAACCAUGCAGGAAAAUCAGGAAACUUUGGAGAGAUUAAGGGAACGUAAGCAAGAGCUGAAACAAGAAACUGUGGAUCUGAAAGCAGAACUGGAGGAUUCAAAAAAGGCUCACAGCAUUCUUAACAAUAAAUGGAAGGAGAAGUCUCAGCUGAUUGGUCAGUUGGAGAAACAGGUGACUGAGAUGAGGGACAACUGGGAAAGCAAGGAGAGGAAGCUGACAGAGGAAAGGGACAAGGCAAUACAGGCAGCCAACAUUGCCAUAGAGAAGCUAAAGACAGUGGAUGAUGCCUUCAGACAUCAGCUGGAGAGUAAAGAAAUGAAACACAGAGAGGACAUGGCUCAACUAGAGGAGGAAAAACAAAUGGAACUAGAACAGGCCAAUCAAAGGAUUGCAGCAGUUGAGGAUGAAAUGAGGGAACUUCUCCAGGAAACGCAGGCCAAUAAAAAAGCAAUGGAGGACAGGGUGAAACGACUCACCAGAGCCAUGGCGGAGCUCCAAUCAGAUCUGAUUUAAACUCGAUACUCAUUCCAUAACUCAGGACUGAGCACAGCUACAGAUCUGAUUUAAACUCGACUACCAUUACAGAAUUUAGCACUGAGCCCAGCUAACAGAUCUGAUUUCAACUCAGUAACCAUUACAGAACUCAGGACUGUGCUCAACCAUGGCAGAGCUCCUAACAGAUCUGAACUCGAUACCCAUGACAAACUCAUGACUGAGUACAGCCAGUCAGAUCUGAUUUAAACUCGAUACCAAUUAUUCAACUCACCAGAGGGAUGACUGAACUCCAGUCAGACCUAAUAUAAAUGUGAUAACUAUUACAGAACUCAACACCAACCAGAGCUGUUACACAGCUCCAUUCAGAUCUGAUUUAAACUGGCUAGUUCUAACAUGACUUGCUGUCCAUACUGGAGUCUAGUCAAACUUAUUUCAUCCAUGAAGUUCAAGUGCCACUCAUUCACAAGUUGGACUUAUUUUUAACUUGUUAGUUUAGCCUACAACUGGUGGUAACCCAUAAUGCAGCGCUUAUAAAAUUUGUUGCCAUUUGAUGCCUUGGCCAGCUGAAGCUGCAGACAUGGUUCAUUGUGGUUUGCAUUGGGUUGCUGGUUUACCAUUGCUCACUGGAACUGUGGCUAGAUAUGAUUUAAACUUAAUGAUUAUGAAAUUAAAUACAUGUAGUUCUAGUCCUAUGUUUACCAGGGGAAUGAAAAGUGUUUAAGGUUUGUCUGGAUCAUAAGUGAAUGAUGUACAGAUUGUAGAAGUUCUCAAUGUUUUAUGUGUUUAUUUUGAUUUAUAAUCUAUUCAUAAUUGUGUAUAAAUUCAAACUAUACCAUAGGUCACAGAAUGUAUGAAUUUAUGACUUUUGACCUGUUGACCUUAAACUGGAUAAGAUUCUUCUUGACACCAUAGAGAGUUUGAUAUUAAUCUUUAUUAAUGAAAGAUCAAAUAAACUAAAGUUAUCAUUUGGAAUUUCAUUGCAAAAGCUCCGAAUCCUUUAAAGAUAUUGCACAGAAAUGAAGUGUUACUGAAUGCAUUGAUAUGACCUUUUACAUCAAAAUCAAUAGUCUUCUCAAGGCCAUAGGGAAUUGUGAUGUAAGUUGUGAUGUAAAAUUCCAUUGCAGAAGCUGACAGUCUUCUUCCAAAAACAAAAGUAUUACACACAGACAGACCCUAAUUAACAUCCCCCUGAAAGGGGGGUCAAAUAAGAGGUAUUAUGAAAUGUUGGAGGGGGGGGGGGGGGUAAGUAUGCAUUAAUGCUGAUUUUGAUGAACAAUAAUUCAAAGGUACAAUAAAUUUGAGAAAGAAGAAAAGGGGUGAAUUUUAAAGAAAGAUUUUGUGUGUUUUAUAAAAGGUAGAAAUGGUCAGUCUUGUACUUGUCUCAAGAACUUUACAUUAACAAUUUUAUUGCAUUCAAUAUUAAGUUAUGAAUAUUAUAUAAUUGUGUAUAUAUAAUGUAGUGUUAGAAGAAUGCAUAUCUUCCAACUGAUGCUUGUGUGAUGUGUACUAUUUAUUGGAGAAUCAAGUGUUUGUUUCCACAUGACACAAAGGUUUAUAAAAUUGUCAUGCGUAGAAAUUUUAAUAAAAGAGAUAUGUGAAG